AUGAAUCAGAGAUCAAUCAAUGCAAAUUCAUGCCAGUAUGAAUAAAAUAUUAUGCCUAUUAUUGUUUAUUCGAUUUAUGGGAUAACUUUAAUAAGAAAUGUGUCUUUUUUGAGAAUACUCUAAAAAUAAAAAUUUCAUUAAUAUACUAAGAUAAAAUAGAGGCAAACAUUUUAUUUAUACCCAACAGAAGGAGAAUUUUAUCAGAACUAUCUAUCUGAUUCUAUGAGUAAUUAUGAAAUAACCUGUAAAAUGCAUCCUUAAGUUCCAAAUGUAUAAUUAAAGAAUUAAGUAUUCAGAACAAAAGGGAAUAGUAAAUAUUAAUAUUAUUCUGAUAGAAUUUAUAUCAUUGUCAUCAAAUAACACACAUUUUGGAACUUUGUCAAAUAAUAAUGAGGUAGUUAUAUAUUAGUGGAAGAACUAAAUUAUUCAAUAAGUAGGAUAAUCAGUGCAUAUUGAAUCUUCAUUUAAUUGUUUCAAUAUCAAUUUGUCUAAAGAUUUUUCAAUUUUAAUAGAUUGCUAUUACAACGAUGAAUUUAUUUUAAUUCAACUUAUUGAUUCAUAAUCAAUAAUUGCAUAUUCUAUAUAAUCAUAGUACCUACUUCGACCAAAAUAUAAUCAAUAGUGA